AUGGAAGCAGUGCAGAAAGAACACAGCCGACUCGUCAAGAGGACUGAAGGCGCUCAAGGCAUCAAGAAUGUUCAGUCUGUGAUUGAUUCACUGCAGUCUGCUCGUGAUGCCAUAGCUGCUGAUCCAUCCGCUGCCUCUGCCACUCUAGCCAACCUUCAGAGCUCGGUUAAAUCUUCCUUUGACUCUAUCAACGACAGUUUGAAAGAGACUCACAGUGGCCUUAACAAGUACACCAAAUCUCUAGAUAAGCUUUUCAAAGAUCGACCGCUUCCUGGCACCGACGACGAUGGCCUCUCUACAUACGAUAACCUGAUCAACCGCGCCAUCGCCAUGCAUCUCCUUCGCGAAGGCCAGUUUGGCGUGGCCGCCACUUUCCUUUCCGAGAUUACCGACCAGAAGACAAUGUAUCCAGUCUCCCAGAAUGGGAAUGGACCGACCAAUGCGCCCGCCAGCCUGCUCGAUAUCGACGAAGUCCCUUCGACCGAGAUCCGGAAACAAUUCGCCUCAAUGUACUACAUCCUACAACAGCUGCAAGAGAACAGGAACUUAUUGCCUGCAAUCGAAUGGUCGAGGGAAAACCGAGAGGCGCUGGAAGCCCGAGGCAGCAACCUCGAAUUCGAGCUCUGUCGACUACAGUAUGUAUGGCUGUACCAUGGCGGAGCGAACGGCCAGGGAACCGCAAGCGGAUGGCUAGCUGCGCUCGAGUAUGCACGGCAGGAGUUCCAUGUCUUUGUGCCUCGAUAUUUGAGAGAAGUCCAGCAGCUAGUCGGAGCAAUGGCGUACUCGCCCAACCUCGGCGGAUCACCAUAUGCGGCUCUCUUCAACAACAGCUCGGCAUGGGAUGACGUAGCUCACUUCUUCACUCGCGAGUUCUGUUCGUUGCUGGGCCUAUCGGCGGACUCGCCACUGUACAUCGCUGCUACGGCGGGCGCGAUCGCUCUACCGACACUAUUGAAGCUACAGACGAUUAUGAAGUCGAAGCGGACGGAGUGGACAUCCGACAACGAGCUUCCGGUCGAAAUACCCCUCCCUCCCCAAUAUCUCUUCCACUCCAUCUUUGUCUGUCCGGUGUCUAAGGAGCAGGCGACCGAUGAGAACCCUCCUAUGAUGAUGCCAUGUGGACAUGUCAUUGCGCAGGAAUCGUUGAAACGCCUGGCAAUGCUGUCCAAAAGAACACCAGAGAGUCCAAUUCCUGGCCGGUAUCGCGCGACAAAGGCUUCGGCUUUCACGCUGCAGUCGCGCAGAAUUCCUCGCGAGAGAACAAGAGACCGAGCGCCCAAAGACAAAGAGCGAGAUAGCUCUGGCUCUGGCUCCGGCUCUGGCUCGAUUGGCAGUAAGACUCGACGAGCCGAGCAGCGUCGAAGAUUCGAUAAACCCCCAGAUGUAACAACACCCCCAACAAGCCCAGUAGUAAUGCUCCGCGUGGGUCCCGAAAAGCGCCUCUUCGCCGCCCACGAAGCCGUUCUCCGCACAUCCCCCUUCUUCGCCGCGCACUGCAAAGCCCAAACACCCAACCCGAAUGCGCCACGGCCCAGACUCGCCCAACAACCACUAAGCAAGCGCAUCGACCUCCCAGAAGAGCAAGCCGAAGUCCUCUCCUGCGUCCUCGAGUACCUCUACAAGGGCGACUACUACCCGCGUCUGCGACACAAUAGUCGAACGCAGACAUGGCAGCUGGAGGACGCCGAUGCGGGCGUUGGUGCUGGCGCUAGUGGUGAACUGGGACAGGCGACAGCGACGGUGUUUCACCAUCGGGCGCGGGGGGUUAUAUUGCGGGAUACGGCUAUUUACUGCGCAGCGGAAAAAUACAACCUCCCCCAUCUCCAGCGUCUCGCGCUGCGCAAGCAGGGUCUACACACGGGCAUCCAGUGUAGCACGAUCCUUGCGAGUGCCCGGUUCGCGUAUGCCAAUACGCCGGAUACGGAGUCGAAGCUGCGGGCGCAUUAUCUUGCACUGAUUGUGCGGUCGAGGAGCACGUUUAUGCGUAGUGGGACUAUGCAGGCGGAGAUGGAGCGUGGAGGGAAGUUGUUCUUUGAUCUCUUUGUUGCUUUGUGUAAUCAUAUGGAUGACUAUACUGGUCAAUCGGUUGAGAGUUCGGCUGUUACGACUCACUGUUAG